UAGUAAUGACACAAGAGAUGCUACAGCAGCUACUGGCUGGUAUGAUCGCUGCAAAUCAAAACGCAUCACCGCCUGCUCCUGUUUAUGAUGGGAACUUUACCGGUUGCAAAUCGCGAUUCGCGGGAAAACAGGGCGAGAGUGUCGACGCGUUCAUCGACGCCGUAACGGUAUAUAAACAAUGUGCACGGGUUUCUGACGAAAACGCGUUAUUGGGUCUUCCGAUGCUUUUAGAUGGAGAUGCUGCUACGUGGUGGCAAGGUGUAAAAGCCGGAAAUACCACAUGGGCCAAUGCAAUUGAGGCAGCUCGUCACGCGUUCGGUCGAAGCAAACCCCCACACCAAAUUUAUCACGAACUUUUUGCUUCUGAACAAGGCAAAGAGGCAACAGACAUUUUUGUAAACAAGGCGCGAGCUCUCCUCGCAAUGCUUCCAUCAACGGAUGAUCCGAUUCCAGUCAAAAGUCAAAUAGAUAUGGUUUAUGGACUUUUGCAUGCGCGUAUUCGACGUGGUGUACCGCGUGAUACGUUCGAUUCUUUUGAAAUAUUGAUAACAAAAGCGAGAUCAAUUGAAACAAGUUACAUGGACAGUUCAGUAGACGUGAACAAGUCGAUAAAAGUCAAGGAAGAAGAGAAGUCCAAAACACUACGCCAAAAGUGCUCAUUUUGCGGCUUCUAUGGUCAUCUGAUUGCAAAUUGUCGCAAACGUGCAAAGGAAGAUACUGUGAAGAAAUCAGAACUUGUGGAAGUUACUACUUGAGUUAAAGAAAAGCCAAAAUUCUCUUGUUAUGGGUGCGGUUUAUCCGGAUACAUUAGAAGUAAUUGCCCGAACUGCAAAAGUGCAGACCCAAGAAACACUCCCACUCAGUCUGUGGAACUUCUUCAGUUGGACCUGUGUCGAAGUGAAUUCGAUACCAAUGGUGACCGCCCACUCAUGGACGUAGAGAUCGAGGGACUCAAAGGAAAAGUGAUGGUGGAUACCGGUGCUAGAUGUAGCAUUGCAGGUGAGAGAUUAUUUCA